UUUCACUCCCAACCCAGCUGCAACAGGGCGCACCCGCAAUGUGGCUGGCCAACCUCGCUGCUUGCUGGAUGCUCUGGGGGACAUGGAUCUCUGUCCCUUCUGCCAACUCUACCCUUCCUCCAGAUCUGAACAUGACCCAGUUGACUCAGAUGUUCCAGGAUUUUAUGGUUAAGUUUGGCAAAACCUACGGCAGCCAAGAAGAGAUGCUCUACCGCUUCAAGAUCUUUGUUCGGAACAUGGAAAUAAGCCGGGCCCUGCAGGACACCGAGUUGGGGACAGCCCAGUACGGGGUCACCCGUUUCAGUGAUCUGACAGAAAGCGAGUUUGCUAAGAAGUUUGGCAACCCCGUCUUGCAGGCUCCACCGUUUGUGCAGACUCAGCCGCCCCGCAGCCCCUUAAAGGAACCCAAACCCUGCAACUGGACGAAAGCGGGGGCUCUGCCCCCAGUGAAAGACCAGGGAGAGUGCAAAGCUUGCUGGGCCUUUGCAGCCGUGUCCAACAUAGAAGCAUUGUGGAAGAUUAACCAAAAUAUCCAGCGCAGCCUCUCGGUGCAAGAACUCAUUGACUGCACGUACCCUUCCAGAGGAGGGUGUAUGGGUGGCUAUGUUUGGGACGCGCUUCUUUAUGUCUUCAACAACACCGGAUUGUCGUCAAGCACCCUCUAUCCCUACAUUGAGAAAGACCAGCCCUGCAGAAAACACAAGGGGCGAAAGCUAACCAAGAUUGAUGGUUACAGUGUACUUCCAAGGGAUGAGAAAUAUAUAGCGGAAGUUGUGGCCUCCCAAGGUCCCGUCACAGCUCUCAUGAACAAAAAGUUCUGUCAGCACUACCAGAAGGGCAUCAUGCAGAGGUCCGAGGAGGACUGUGACCCCAACUGGCUUGAUCACGCGGUCCUUAUUGUUGGCUUUGGGGAAGGCAAAAGCCGACGCGGUUCCUGGAGUGGAUCCUACUGGAUUAUCCAGAACUCGUGGGGAAAGCACUGGGGAGAACAGGGCUAUUUCCGGCUGCACCGGGGUUCCAACGCUUGUGGGAUUAGAAACUAUGCAACCACCGCGAUCCUCAACAACCUGGGAAGAAAGAAGCCGGCUGCUUGUCCUCCAUGACGGUGUGCGUGGAUCUGCGUGUGUUUAACAACAGCUUUGGAGCACUGAGUCCCGUUGCUUUUCAUUCUUUUCCAACCUAGCGCUCUCCAGAUGUUGUUGGCCUACAGUGACUAGGCCAACUCAUUGCCGCUUCCUCAUAGUUAAUUGGUUUCUUUAAAAUGCAGGUUCUCUCGAUUUUUCCUGGCUGUUUCUUAAUUUUAAAAGCAAUCGUUUGAUAGUGGUUAACUCCCCUGCCCUCCCCCCACAUUUUGGAAUUGCCAAGUCAACAUUGGGGAAUAUUGCCCAAAUCCCCAGUUUUGUGCAAAAUCUUUGUGUAAUUGCAAUGGAGCCCGGCUAUUUUGUGUCUGUGCCUGCAUGUACGUAGGUGUGUGAAAUGGGGGAAAGGAAUAUUUCAAGGAUAGGCAGAUGGAAGUGGAAUAGCAUCCACAGACAGAGUUUGCUCUAUCAGAAUGCAGAAGGGAGGUUGUUAAAAUACACUGAACAGUGUUAGUAAUGUUCCUACCAAAUUAAUAAAAAGGGAACUAAUUGAAACAGACACAUUUCUUUCGAUUCUGGAAUUCCAAUCACCUCUCAUUAUGUACGGACUACAAAAAAACUCCAUCCCCACAUUUGUGUCUCUCUCCAUCUUCACUCUGCCCCUUUUGGCUGUGAAAGAAAUCAUUCUGCAUUCUUGGUUUCGCCUUGCUGCCCAUGCAUUUUCUAUUCCGAUGAGAGUUGCGCUGAUGUUUUUUCACACCUCAAAAGUCACAAGGCGUUUCAAGGCUUAGCAUCUUUAAUUUUUAUGCUUUGUUCUUGGUUUUCUUUCAUUUCCACCACGUGCCCCAACUCAGUGUGGUUGGUUGACCUGUCAUGCCUCCCCCCACGCUCUGUGUCUUUAAGUUAUAUGUGUCACCGUUGGGGGAAAAAAGCAAUAAUAUAUUUUGCACAGACAGAACAUGCCCAAGUCUGAGGCAGCUAGGCCUAACAGGAAGAAACUGUAUUCUCAAGGUACACCAACUGGUUAUUUUUGCACCUCAAUUAAUUGGAAAUGAAAAACUAUUGUGAUGUUCAACAUGCCUAACCAGAGCAGUGUAAAAACUAGCAGCUGCAUUCCCACAACUUGCUCAGCUUGGUUAUUGUGGCUUAGUGUACAGGUAGUCCCCGGGUUAAGAAUGCCCGGGUUACAGACGACCCAUAGUUAAGAACGGAGCCUACUGUAGCAACAUUUGAGUUAAAUCCACAAUGAUUCGAGUUAAAUCCACGAUAGUUCGAGUUCAUUACACAAUACUGCUUAAUACGGUAUUAUGCAAUAAGACUGUUCUGGCUUACAUAUAAAUUGGACUUAAGGAUAGACUUUGGGAAAGGAACUUGUUCUUAUACUGGGGACUACCUGUUACUGAAUGAACCCAACCGGGUUGGUUAAUUUAUGAAUCAGUGUCUUUUUGCUGCUGCAUAAAAGCUGGUUUAGGACAGACACUGAGUGUGUCAUGCAAACCCAGCCUCUGGUUGUGCUCUGCUUAGGAACUGCAGGAGGCACAGCUGGCAAGGUUGGGGAAUUCUGGGAGUUGAAGUCCACCCAUCUUAAAGUUGCCAGGUUUGAGAAACACUGCCUUAAAGCCUCUCCAACUACCUCAAAGGAAAAACAGGUCUGAAAAUCCAACUCCAUUUUAUUGGGGAGGGCACAGGCAGGUUGCCCAUCCUUGUCCUAGAACCAUCUGAUCUUCUUGAAUAUCUUUGCAAGCUGACAGCAAUGCCACUUUUAAGGCAACGACCCGUGGACUGUUCUUGAGGUCCCGGUCACAAAACUGACUUUUGGGAUCAGCUUUGAAGGGGUUGAAAAAGGUGGGGGAGGUGGGCUGGAUAAAGGCAGAGAAUGCAAGAAAAGCAGAUGCUUCUUGAGAACAGAAAUUAAGUCUUUUCUCAUAAACCAGGCUGUUACUGUUAGGAAGAAUAUUACUGUCAGCUUUGUGUUCACACCUCGUUGCUCAAAGGGUGUAAAUAAAAAACCCACAAAGAUGGAGAGAAUCUGCCAGGCAUUUGAUGCAUGCUGUUCCUCUUGUUGCAAAAAAAAAGGACCCGCUCUACAAAACUGGAAGGGAAGAGGGGAAAAAAAGCUUUAAGUGCAGAUGGCAGAAAUCGCCACCUUGCUAGAGCAGAGGCAGAGAGCUUUGCUUUCAGGAAGCGGGAGGAAGGGCACCUGGCAUGUAAAACUGGUUUUAAAAAGCACAAGGCUGGAACUUGUUCCAUGUGGUAAACCUGGCAAGAGCUGGGCUUA